AUGUCACAGGAAGAAAACAAACUUGCACGAGCGACAUCAAAAGAGAUUGAUUGUUCCAGAUGUGUGACACCAGUUGGACGUUUCAAAGAAUUGAGGAAAAACGAAGAUCUUUCAUCAGAACGCGAUAACGUUAAAAUAUUCGAGACUAAUACAAGCGUUUCGAAAGCAGCGGAUACUCCAAAUCGAAAAGAUGAAAAUGGUACAUCAACUCCGAUAAAUAUGUCGACGACGGAGCCGCUUUGUAACUUGAAAGAUGAGAAAUAUACAUAUUGGCCGAGAAAAGAUAUACGUAAUUGUAUAAUAAAACGUAAAAAACCAUGCGAUGAUUGGCAUCUUUAUCUAAUUACUGUUCUUGCUAAAUACAGUUCAUACGAACAUGCUUUGAAGAAGGAAAAAAGACUGAUGGAAGAGAAAAAUAACACUGAUACAGACAUAAAUUUAGGCCGUGGAUUUAGACAAAAAAGACCAACUCAUAUUGCAAAAGAUAAUGAGAAAGAUAAUAUCAGUGACUCAAGCAAGAAUGAAGAAAGCGAUAAUGAUUCUAUUCCUGAAUUAAAUAAAACUUUAAGGGUACAAGACAAUCAAAAUAUUGAAAAGGAUACAUAUAUUGAAAACAUUGAUAACAUCCCUAUUGUCAUUGCACAAGAUGAUUCUAAUGUAUCUAUAGAUAAUCACAAUAUUACUAAUAUCGAUUCGCUACUAAAAAAUGUUGUUGAAAUAAAAAUGUUGUGUAAACGGAUAGACAAACGUCUAAAUCUUUUGGAAAAUAAUCAUAUGAUAAAAUCAUAUGAUGUAAACAUUCAUCACAAUAUCGAUAUGUUACCACAAUUGCCAAUGAAUAUUAUUGAGGACAUCAAUAACUUUGAAGUUGUAUUAGUAUCAGAAGAAGCACAAUCACAAUUAAUCAAUAUGUUACUUCUGAUUGGUGGUACUUCAAUAAAAGAUGCCAUGAAAAGAACAUUGCAGAAAUUAUUUACAAAUAAUCUUGCUUCCAAAUGUUCUUGGACCGGAGCUAAAAAUAAUUUCAAAUUAAAAGAUUUAAAAAUUAUUGCUUGUAUGCAAACUUCUUUGAAAAAAAUUUUUCCCACACUUACGGAAUCGGAAUUUGAAGAAACUCUUAAAACUUGGUUCAGACAGGCAAAUUUGCGGCUAAUCCGAGAAAAUGCAAGAAAUGCAAUAAACAACAUAUAAAAUAAAAUAUUUUACUUGAUGAGCUAAAAACCUUUACUUAUAAGAUUUAUUUCUUUCAUUUCAAAAGUUAAAACUUUAUUAAUACUUGUAAAAGAUUAAAUUCUUAAUUAUAUGUCCGUA